AUCUGAACACUUUGCAAACUACAAAGUGCUGCAUACACGUGCGGGAAGGCGGUUUCUGUGGCUGGUUUUUUGUUUACAUUAUACAUUUUUGAAGACUUUGUCUUCAAAAUGUGGCUUUGAGGCAUGCCACUCUCGGGGCCGAGUCCUUCGCGGGCAGUUUCUGCAAAGUCCAACCCUGCAGGGCCCUUCUCCCGCGCCGCACUGUCUCGCUGCUUCCUGGAGGGGCAAUUUGCAUAUUUCUCCGAAGAACCAUCCAGAACCUGAACAGCCUGUCUUCAGACAGAGGCCCACAGCUGUUUCUUGAAAUCUGAGGCUGGGAAUGGCCACGUGGAACAGGCCAUGCCAGAGGCUGCCUCAGCGGCCUCUGGUAGCUGAGCCCACUGCAGAGGGGGAGCCACACCUGCCCACGGGCCGGGAGCUGACUGAGGCCAACCGCUUCGCCUAUGCUGCCCUCUGUGGCAUCUCCCUGUCCCAGCUAUUUCCUGAACCCGAACACAGCUCCUUCUGCACAGAGUUCAUGGCAGGCCUGGUGAAGUGGCUGGAGUUGUCCAAAGCCGUCUUGCCAACCAUGACUGCUUUUGCGAGCGGCCUGGGAGGCGAAGGAGCAGAUGUGUUUGUUCAGAUUUUACUGAAGGACCCCAUCUUAAAGGACGACCCGACGGUGAUCAUUCAGGACCUUCUGAGCUUCUCACUGAAGGAUGGGCACUAUGAUGCCCGGGCCAGAGUCCUCGUUUGCCACAUGACCUCCCUGCUCCAAGUGCCCUUGGAGGAGCUGGAUGUCCUUGAAGAGACGUUCCUGGAGAGCCUGAAGGAAAUCAAAGAGGAGGAAUCUGAAAUGGCUGAGGCAUCCCGGAAGAAGAAAGAAAACCAGAGGAAAUGGAAGCGUUAUCUCCUGAUAGGCCUGGCGACUGUCGGAGGCGGAACGGUGAUCGGUGUGACCGGAGGUCUAGCUGCACCCCUUGUUGCCGCUGGAGCAGCGACGAUUAUUGGCAGCGCUGGGGCAGCAGCUCUGGGCUCAGCAGCCGGCAUAGCCAUCAUGACCUCGCUGUUCGGUGCAGCUGGAGCUGGCCUGACAGGAUACAAGAUGAAGAAGCGAGUGGGAGCCAUUGAAGAGUUCACGUUUCUGCCUCUGACGGAGGGCAGGCAGCUGCGCAUCACCAUCGCCAUCACUGGGUGGCUCGCAUCUGGGAAAUACCGCACCUUCAGUGCCCCAUGGGCUGCCCUGGCCCACAGCCGUGAGCAGUACUGCCUGGCCUGGGAAGCCAAGUACCUGAUGGAGCUCGGCAACGCCCUGGAGACCAUCCUCAGUGGUCUUGCCAACAUGGUGGCCCAGGAGGCCCUAAAGUACACAGUGUUGUCUGGCAUUGUGGCUGCGCUGACCUGGCCAGCCUCUCUCCUCAGUGUCGCCAAUGUCAUCGACAACCCCUGGGGGGUGUGUCUCCAUCGAUCAGCAGAGGUUGGCAAGCACCUGGCCCAUAUCCUGCUUUCCCGGCAGCAGGGCCAGCGACCUGUCACCUUGAUUGGCUUCAGCCUGGGAGCCAGAGUCAUCUACUUCUGUCUGCAGGAGAUGGCUCGGGAGAAAGAUUGCCAAGGGAUCAUCGAGGACGUCAUCCUGCUGGGUGCGCCUGUGGAGGGAGAAGCCAAGCACUGGGAACCUUUCCGGAAGGUGGUGUCCGGGAGGAUCAUCAACGGCUACUGCAGGGGAGACUGGCUGCUGAGUUUCGUGUACCGCACGUCCUCGGUGCAGCUCCGUGUCGCCGGCCUACAGCCCGUGCUGCUGCAGGACAGGAGGCUGGAGAACGUGGACCUGACCCCUGUGAUGGGGAAGCUGUGGUUCAGGAAAUUGUGAGGACUGGCCCAGUUACUGGUAAGAGACAGAGCCAAGGCUGGUACUCUAGCUUUUCAGAUUCCAAACUUAGGUUCCUUCUCAGGCCCUACAGCCACUAAAUAUGUGUCUGUGUCCUGCUGCAGAGGGGCACUGGCUCUGCCUUGACAACCACCCUGAGCCCAGGGCCCUGAAAACCACUUAGAUGGGUGAAUACACGUGUAUAUUUUCCCUGGAAUCUGUUUAAAAGCAUUCGUGAGGAAAGGAACGAGAGGUGGGCAGAUUCUAGUGGUGAGAAAAUAACAGAACUACACAGGGAAUUGUCCUUUCGUGUUUUUGAAAAAUCAUUUGAAUAAUGCAGUGUGAUUUGCGAUUCAAAUGGAAAUGCAGAUGUUACCCACAGUGUCUUUGUGCUGUUUUCUGAGAUUCCCGACAACAGCCUCCCUGGUGUUUUUCCUGUCCUUUUUUUAAAAGAAAGCCUUCCCCUUCAGCCUUAAUGGAAAGUCCGGUCUCGUGCGCAUCUUUGGCACUAAAGCAGUCCCCCUCGACUGGCUGAGGAGAACGUGAGGCUCCAUCUCAGGGGCAGAUCCAGGCUGAGCAGGCUUUUGCAGGCAGCAUCUCAGGCUCAGCACCAGAUUUUGCUGUUUAUGCGCUGUGUGUCAUUAAGCAAGCCGCCACCCCUCUCUGGGCUUUGCUGCCUGCCCUUCUCUGUAAAGUGAGGAUGAAUUUUAACCUUCCUUCCUUUCCCAGCUGAUUUUCUCUGAAGAGAACAGGCUUUAGAAACAGGCCUGGAUGGCCGGGCACGGUGGCUCACGCCUGUAAUCCCAGCACUUUGGGAGGCCGAGGUGGGCAGAUCACGAGGUCAGGAGAUCAAGACCAUCCUGGCUAACAUGAUGAAACCCUGUCUCUACUAAAAAUACAAAAAAAUUAGCCGGGCAUGGUGGCGGGCACCGUGGUGGGUGCCUGUAGUCCCAGCUACUCGGGAGGCUGAGACAGGAGAAUGGCAUGAACCCAGGAGGCGAAGCUUGCAGUGAGGCGAGAUCGCGCCAUUGCACUCCAGCCUGGGCGACAGAGCGAGACUCCGUCUCAAAAAAGAAAGAAAUAGGCCUGGAUUCAACUCCCAGCCCUGCCAUGUUCUAGCUGUGUGACCUUGGGUAAGUCACUUUACCUCCCUGUGGCUCAAUUUCAUCUACAGUGAGCAGCCGACACCUAGCAAAGGAGUAUAUCCAAGAAGCUUAUUUGCUGCAAUGUUUUAAGGACCUACUAUGUGUCAGGCAUUGUCCAUUAUCACUGCUAGGCAUCAGGCAUUUCAAUCAUACCCCUACUUGUUACUCACCAACACAUCCCAACACAAAAAUGGGAUGGACAUAUGACUCUGACGAAGGGGGUGGCCACUUCUGAGUUCUUGGCCUUUGUCUUAGUUAAGCUGCAGGCCCAUAUAACAGAGGCCCUGCUAAUGUUUUGUGUUUUGUGUUUGUUUGUUUGUUUUUUCUGGAGACAGAGUCUUGCUCUGUCGCCCAAACUGGAGUGCAGCGGCACAAUCAGGGCUCACUGCAGCCUCAACCUCCCAGGCUCAAGCCAUCCUCCCACCCCAGCCUACCUAGUCACUGGAAUUACAGGCACAUGCCACCAUGCCCAGCUAAUUUUUGUAUUUUUUUGUAGAGACAGGGUUUCCCCAUGUUGCCCAGGCUGGUCUCAAACUCCUGGGCUCAAGUGAUUCUCCCACCUUGGCCUCCCAAAGUGCUGGAAUUGUAGGGGUGAGCCACCGUGCCUGGCCUAAUUGUCUUAAACACAUGAGGGUUGAUUCUGUCACUUAAAAGAAAUCAGAACAGGCCAUUUAGGGCUGAUAUGCCACUCCAUAGUCUUCAGGGACCAAAUUUCGCUAUUGCUACUUGUUCUGCCUUCCUUAGUGGGCUGACUCAUGCCCCAAGAUGGCUAUUCAAGCUCUGGCCAUCUUGUCUGAAUUCCAGCCAGCAGGAAAGAGGACAUGAGGGAAGAAGAGCACUCCUCCUCUUAAAGAGAAUUCCAAGGAACACCACAUCACACUACUGCUUCAGCUCAUGGGCCAAAACUAGUCACAGUGCUAUUCCUAGCUGCAAGGAAGCCUGGGGAGUGUGCCCAGCUAUAAAUUUGAGUCCUUGUGACUAAAUAAGAAACAGGAGAGUGAGUUGUAGCCAGCAUCUUGCAGUCUAUGCCAUAGCUUUCUUUCCAAUUUGGGGACUUUUCCAGGGAAAAUCCUCACAGCCAACCACUGGUGAAACUACCCUUGUGUUCCCCUUUUUACAGUGGAGGAAAUUGAGAGCCAGAGGGGCAGAGGGGCCUGACCAAGGUGUCACAACCAGUGAGUAGCAGAGCCCUUCUGGGGUAGCCUAGAGCUGCAGGCAUUGGCUGGGCACAGUGGCUCAGGCCUGUAAUCCCAGCACUUUGGGAGGCUGAGGCAGCAGGAUUUCUUGAGGCCAGGAGUUCAAGACGUGGGCAACAUAGGAGACCCCAUCUCUACACAACAUUUAAAAAUUAGCCAGGCAUGGUAGCAUGCACGUGUAAUCCCAGCUACUCAGGAGGCUGAGGUGGGAGGAUCGUUAGAGCCCAGGAAGUCAAGGCUGCAGUGAGCUAUGGUUGUACCACUGCACUCCAGCCUGGAUGAGAGAGAGAGAGCCCAUCUCUCUCUCUCUCUCUCUCUCUCUCUCUCUCUUUCUCUCAUUUUUCUUUUUUCUCAUGCUGUUUUAACAAAAAGCUCAUCCCUUAAAAAAAAAAAAAAAAGCUGCCAGGCACAGUGGCUCACGCUUGUAAUCCCAACACUUUGGGAGGCUAAGGCCAGUGGUGGAUCACUUGAGGCCAGGAGUUCGAGACCAGCCUGGCCAACAUGGUGAAACCCCUUCUCUGCUAAAGAUACAAAAAAUUACUGGCAUGGUGGCACACGCCUAUAAUCCCAGCUACUUAGGAGGCUGAGGCAGGAAGAUCGCUUGAACCUGGGAGAUGGAGGUUGCAGUGAGCCAAGAUCGUGUCACAGCACUGCAGCCUGAGCAACAGAGCAAGACCCUGUCUCAAAAAAAAAAAAAAA